AUCUCGAAAGGUAUCGUCCAAAUGAUUAAAAAAUUAUGAAGAUCCUAAAGGUCACCAGGUAAUGACUUAUAUAGAAGAUGAGGAGCUGAUAAAUGACCUCUACAACUUCUUGGAUGAAGUGCUGUCAAGAGCUGUAGGCACUUUUGAGAGGAUUGACAGAGUUCGCAUCAUUCUGGAUGUGCUGAUGCCAGAGGCUCUUAUUAAAGCGCUACAGACAGUUGAGAGGAUUUCUUUACCAGAGGCAGAAGAUCUGUUCAUGGAUGGACCAGCAUACAGUGAGUGUGAAAAGGAAGAGUUUGACAUACUUGUUUUGCAACAGUUGGAAGCACAAGGAAAGAACCGCUGAGGCAUUUAAACUCGGAAUUACAUCUCAACCCUACUCAAAUAAAUGUGUCUCUUUAUUUA